GAUCAAACCACCAAGCGAGAGUGGGAAGAUCACAAAGGGUCAUUAAAAUUGAUUUCGAAUACAGAUUCACAGUGUGACAAAAUUAAAUUAGAUGAUUUACUUGAUUUUCUCAGAAAUAAAGCAGAUACUCUUGAAACAAUUCAUUACAGUAAUACGAAAAUUUCUAAUUAUAAUAAAAAUACAUCCGAUCACAAAAAACAAUCAACAAAUACGCAUCAAGUUCACAGCUUUGUUUCUACACACAACAAUAAAACAUAUAAGUUCGAGAAACCUAAACGGGCAUGUGUAAUGUGCAAUGGCAAUCAUGCAUUGUAUACUUGUGUCAGUUUCCUUAAUUUAUCGGUCGAAGAUAGGAUUAAAUUCGUUGAAAAUAAAAAUCUUUGCCCAAACUGUUUACGUGCAGGUCAUACAGUCGUUAACUGUAUAUACGGACCAUGCAAACAGUGUCAGGAAAAACAUAACACUAAUUCAUUUCAAAGAUAAUAACGUAAACAUGUCAUCUAUACCUAUAGAUGCGCAAGUAUAUAGCACACCGUCGCCGCAGCGAAAUAACAAACCGGUUUCGGCGAGCGCGUCCGCUAUGCAUUCUAUGUCGCAGUCAUAUACGAGUGACUGUGACAUUUACGAUAAGUCCGGAGUUUUAUCAUUAAAUCAGAUAAUGUUGGCUACGGCUUUAGUAGAUGUCGCGAGCAAUGAUAAUACGUUUCAUACCGUUCGCGCCCUGCUUGAUAACGGGAGUCAACAUUGUUUUAUUUCCGAAAGUUUGUUGAAAUAUUUAAACGUCGCAGUUAUACAGUCCGCUAUUCGAGUCUCGGGUGUUGGACAUUCGGUCACGCAUUCGAAUCAGUCAUGCGAAAUAAAUAUACGCUCUAAGAUUAACGAUUUUAAUACAAAUAUUCGUUGUAUUGUUUUGCCGGAAAUUACGGGGAGUAUUCCGCAAAGUCAUAUUAAGAGCAAUUUGAUUACUAUACCACAAAACGUAGUUCUUGCAGAUCCCUCUUUCUAUAUAUCGUCGAAAAUCGAUAUUUUGAUUGGAGCGGAUAGGUUCUGGGAUUUAUUGGAUGAAGGUCGUUUUAAACUUCCCUGCGGUCCGUAUCUACAAAAUUCAAAAUUGGGUUGGCUGCUAUCCGGCCCCAUUGAUUCGAAAUUUUUACGAAGUAAUCAUGUUGUUUGUAAUAUUUCUCAGACAUUAGAUAAUCAAUUAAGAAAGUUUUGGGAGCUGGAAGAAAUACAAUUUAACGAUGACAAUCUCACCGAAGAUGAACGUCAGUGUGAGGAAAAUUUUAUGCGCACUACCAAACGCGACGUAGAUGGUAGGUUUUCGGUUCGAAUGCCGUUAAAAGAAUCUCCAGAUGUGCUUGGCGAUUCAUUCGAAAUGGCUAGAAGUCGGUUCUUAGCCUUAGAACGCAAACUAAAUCGCAUGCCACAUUUCAAACAAAUGUACUGCGAAUUUAUGCGAGAAUAUAUUAGAUUGGGUCACAUGAAACGAAUUCAAAAAGAAGAUUCAACGCACUAUUUUCUUCCACAUCACGGAGUGUGGAAGGACGAUAGUACUACCACAAAAUUGCGUGUAGUGUUUGACGCCAGCGCUGUUACGACGUCAAACAAGUCAUUAAAUGAUAUACAGCUGGUAGGUCCAGCGUUGCAAAACGAUAUAUUUUCUAUUUUAUUACGAUUUAGGCAGUAUAGAUACGUAGCCUGUGCCGACGUGGAAAAAAUGUUUAGGCAGAUAUUAAUACAUAAUGAUCAAAGAAAUCUACAGCUUAUAUUUUGGAGAGAAAACUCGACUGAUUCCCUCGACAUUUAUCAACUAAAGACCGUCACCUAUGGCACUGCGUCUGCCCCAUAUUUAAGUAUGCGUUGUAUUCGUCACUUAGCUGAAGAAGCUGAUGACAAAGCUAUUGCUGGCGUAAUCAAAGAAGAUUUUUACGUGGACGACUUAAUCACGGGUCAUGACAGUUUCGAGUCAUUGUUGGAUAUUUGUGAAAGAACGUCUCAAAUAUUAAAUUCGGGUUGUUUCCCAUUACGUAAAUGGACUUUCAAUCAUGACUCGACAACUCAGGUCUUUAAAACGUUGGCAAGAGAUGAACAUUGUCAAAGUAAAACACUCGGGCUGGGUUGGUCGAAUAUCACUGACGAAUUUCAUUUUACAACAGAAUUGGAAAAUUCAGCUACAGUAACUAAACGAGUUAUUCUGUCGGUUGUUUCCCAGAUCUAUGAUCCCUUAGGUCUGUUAUCUCCGAGUAUAAUCAUUGCUAAAAUUCUCCUACAAAGGUUAUGGUUGCAAAAAAUUGAUUGGGAUGAUCCAGUUCCUGACGAUAUUGUGAUCAUGUGGAAUCGCUUUAUUAAUUCUAUUACAGAGACAUUAAACUUAUUACGAAUUCCGCGUUACGUCAUGAGUGAAGGGACGCUGCGUUGUGAACUUCAUAUUUUUGCAGACGCUUCACAGGAUGCAUACGGCGCCUGUGCUUAUAUAAAAACGUAUGACGAGUCUUCACGCAACACUGUUCAAUUAUUGUGUUCCAAAGGUAAAGUUGCCCCAGUUAAAACUAUUACAAUACCGCGGCUUGAGUUGUGCGCAGCACUUUUAGGUGCCAAGUUGUAUAAAAAGAUUACAGUUUCACUCAGAUUAAAAUUUAAUAAGACAUAUUUCUGGACGGAUUCAACAAUAGUGUUGGGUUGGAUUAAAAUGUCACCUCGUAUGCUUAAAACUUUCGUACAAAAUCGUGUCACACAAAUAAACGAACUGACAGGCGAUGCGCUAUGGUGCCAUGUCAGCAGCAAAGACAACCCGGCGGAUUAUGUGUCUAGAGGUUUAUAUUUGGAAGAGUUACAUAAAUGCAAAACUUGGUGGCACGGACCAGAGUUUAUAGCUGCCGAUAAUUUAAAUUAUACCACUAAUGUAAUUUUAAAUGAUACCUUAUUACCUGAAGUAAAAUCUCAGUCUCAUAUUGCUACAAAUAUCAUGACAAAUGAUUUUAACGGUGAAUUAUUUGAUUUUAACAGAUUUUCUUCAUUUAACCGAAUGCGACGCACUGCAGCAUACAUUCUGCGAUUUAUCUAUAAUAUGCGCGUGGCUAAUAAACAACUGCGUAAAACCGGUUUGUUGUCAGCUGAUGAAUUGAGCCAAUCAGAGUUUUUUUUAACGCGGUUCGCUCAGGUGCAGUCAUUUGGUAACAAUUAUGAUACACAAAAAAAACAUCGUUCGGGUAAAUUGUCAGGACUCAACGUGUUUGUAGACGCUAACAAUAUUUUGAGAGUUGGUGGUAGAUUAAAUAAUUCAAGUUUCGAUUACGAUAAAAAACAUCCCGUGUUAUUGUGCGGUAAACAUAGAUUUACAUCGUUAUUAUUUAGAUCGGAACAUAAGCGAUUAUUGCAUGCGGGACCUCAGCUUCUCUUAUCUAACAUUCGUGAGUGUUGGUGGCCAUUAGGUGGUAGAAAUCUAGCAAGAAAAACGGUACAUCAAUGUGUGACGUGUUCUCGCUUGAAGAGCGUUACUUUAAAGCCCAUUAUGGGUGAUUUGCCGGCCAAACGGCUUGAAGAGGGUUUUCCAUUUAAAUUCUGUGGCGUGGACUAUGCUGGUCCGGUUAUGAUUUUAACUCGAAAAGGCAGGGGAGCUAAAUUAAUAAAAGAUCCUAACGACGCGCUCCCUCUUACACCAGCUCACUUCCUGGUCGGUCGUCCCCUUACUGCGCCCACACAAGGAGACCUCACAAAUACUCCGACUCACACUCUGUUGCGAUACGACCGCAUAGAAAAGAUAAGACAGCAUUUUUGGCAGAGAUGGGCUAAGGAGUAUGUGUCGGAACUUCAAAGUCGGUCCAAAUGGAAAUCCAACAUUAGCGAGCUGGCAGUUGAUACAAUAGUACUGGUCAAAGAGGACAACGUCCCCCCAUUAUCGUGGAAGCUGGCACGAGUUAUACAAGUGUAUCCGGGGAAGGACGGUGUGUCACGAGUGGCAGAUCUUCGGACCUCAUCAGGCGUGAUUCGGCGUGCAUUCUCGAAGAUUUGUCCGCUGCCUAUCACAUCACAAUGAGGAAGCGAUUCGCAUAUUUUAUCACUGAAGAUAAUUUACAUUGGAGCCUGCGGCAUCCAAGGCCGGGGCCAUGUUACAGCGAUAUAAUAUAAUAUAUUUUAAACAUGUACACAAAAGGUAGAAAUUGUAAUAAGAGCCAUCUUGCGCUCAUUGUAAACACUACAAUUAAAUGUGGCCAUUUUUUAUUUUUUGCUUGUCAGUCAGUCCAAAAUAAAAAUGUCAGUUCAUAGUCAA